AGAGAGAGAGAGAGAGAGAGAAUAUGUGAAGAUAUGGUAGAUGGGGAACCAAAAAUAGAGAAUAACAAGGUGGCAGUGAUACAUGUGAGCAUAUGAGCUAGUAAUAUUCCAGAAGUUAAAGUCUACCCCCCGCACCCAGUGAACUAGUUAACUUCUGAGACAAUAUUCUUUGCUUAAUCCCAACCAUUCACUAUACGUUAUGUAAUGACAUCCACUUAACUUGUUAGUUGGGGCUAGGUAGUAGAGUAUACACCACCAAACACACAUAUAUAUACAUAAAUUUAACAUACAACGUAUGCUUGUGUAUUCAAUAAUCACUCAUAUACAUAUAUGUUUUUUUUCUUCUCAGGUUCUCUCUUGAAUUAGUUAAUAUUGUACCGAUAUAGAACAAAGAGACAUGAUCUAUAGGCACUUGUAAAGGAAGAUGCAUAAGUCAAUGAAUGUUUUAAUAUUUUUACUCGAGCAGAGAGAUGUCUGCUCUCGAUAGAAAAAAAUGGAUGGACAAUGUUGUAUAUGUUAUGACAAACAAGACCACGAAUAUGAUUUUCAUGCAAGAAGCAUUCUAUACCGUGUGAAAAUAUAUUUCGACAAAUCGAUUAUUUGUUGAUCCUUAGCAAGUAUUUUCUGCAAGAUACGUUUUAGUAGCAACCUUAAAAUUUUAAAAGGACGGUUCCCUUUCUAUUAUAUACUUUGAAAUCAAUAUAUCAAAUUUUAGUAAAAACUAGUUAGGACAUCGGGGUAUUAUUUGUAGUUAUCUGGCGUAUUAUUGUAACAAGAAGUGGGAGAAUUUUUUUAGUGGUAAAAGGAUAACGGAAUGAAGUUAGAAAAUGUAAGAAAUAAUUGUUGUACACAAAUAGAUUGAUGAUACCAAUUUAAAUACCACUGGACCUGCCUUAUGCCUUUAUAUAGUAUUAACAAGACGCAUUUCACCGCCGUGAUAAGGGGUUGUCAAUCACAUCCAUAUUAUUGGGGGGGAAGGGGGGGACAGACUAUUGAAUGUGAAAUGAAAAAAAGAAAUCAAAUGUAUUUUUUAAAUCUUUAAAAGAAAAACCUAUACAGCCCACGGCAAAAAAAUGGCUUUAAUUAAGAAGCCUAGCUAGGGUAGGUACAGAGAAUAAAGCUAUGUAUACAUAUAACCAUGACCAAUGACUACCUAAAGAUGCGUGUAUAUAAACAUGCAUAACGAAAUUCCAUACCUCCCUCACUGGUAGCAAUCUCUUUCUCUCUCUUUAUAAGUAGAGUCUCUAUCACAGAUAAUAAUCUGAGAAUCAAAGGAUGAGAACGAGGAGAAGAACAGAGGAAGAGAAUCAUCAAGAAUACAAGAAAGGGUUGUGGACAGUUGAAGAAGACAACAUUCUUAGGGACUAUGUCCUUACUCACGGCAAAGGCCAAUGGAACCGCAUCGUCAGGAAAACUGGGCUGAAGAGGUGUGGAAAGAGCUGUAGACUUAGAUGGAUAAAUUAUCUGAGCCCUAAUGUGAAUAAAGGUAAUUUCACUGAACAAGAAGAAGACCUCAUUAUUCGUCUCCACAAGCUACUUGGCAACAGAUGGUCUUUAAUAGCUAAAAGGGUACCUGGAAGGACAGAUAACCAAGUCAAGAAUCACUGGAACACUCAUCUCAGCAAAAAAAUCGUCGGGGAUUAUUCCUCCGCUGUCAAAACCACUGGAGAAGAAAACUAUCCACCGUCACUACUCAUCACCGCCGCAACAACUUCUUGUCAUCAUCAACAAGACAAAAUCUGUGAGAAGAGUUUCGAGGGCCUCGUAUCAGCUUCGUACGAGGAUAAACAAAAAGCCGAUUUGGCACAUACUAAUGAUUCGAGUUUCUACUUCAAAGCGGGGAACAACUUUGAUAGCAGUAACGCUUUCUGGUUUAACGACGACGAUGAUUUUGAGAUGAAUUCAUUCGCUAUGAUGGAUUUUGCGUCCGGUGAUACUGGCUACUGCCUCUAGUUUUGAUAAUUUGUGUGUUUAAUUGUCUUAAUUCUGGUUCACUAAGGUCUAAGGAUAUUAAUAUAUAUACGAUCUACGAGUGCUUCUUUAUAUAUUCCGCAUUAUCAAUAAAAAGCGUAAUUCAAAUAUGGUAUCUUAAUAUAAGUCAAAGCAAAUGUUGUAACCAAAUGUAAUUUUUUUGUCCAACCUGCCAAGAUGCACUUGCAAUGCCUUCGCUACGAAUUGUAGAUCUGAAUGUAACAUAUUGUCAAAUAAAGAAAAACUUUCAUUUUUUCAUUCAAAAUAAAAGAUAAACAUCUUUAUCUCAACCAAAUGAUGAUGGUGUUUUAGUAGUUUCCAUUAUGGUGGAUGUAAAAACGUUUAUCCCUGACGUCAAAUUUUAGUGUCAAGAAUACGAAUGAACUAGUUCAAAGUUAGUAAGCACAUAAGGUAUAAAGAGAAAAUAAAAAAUAUAUAAGGUGUCACUUGAACCCCUUUGAUUCCAAGUACUCAAGUAGGUAUGCCACAGUUGAGAAAGAGUUGUCCAGUCUAGGUUAGGGACAGAUUCUCUUCAAUGGCCAGUGCAAUGGUAUUUAUUUAUUUUUAUUUUUUUGGAUUACGCUUUAGAUCCGUUAGAAAACCCGGUAAAUGGAUUAGUCGUUCACUAUAAUUAUCCUAUAGAAAUUAUUAUGGUCACUUAAUAGUAAGGAACUCACUGAUUAUGAAAAAAAGAAGAAGAUAAACUAUUAGGUUUUGGUAUAUGAUCAUGAGUUCGUACUCUUUAAAAUGUAAUUUAUUGUGUGGCGCUAGCAGUACCGACCCUGACCAAAAGCGGCAUAAGCAUGUGCUUCCGGCCAAUUAUUAGAUAUGUAAAUUUUCGACCAUGUAUUUUGCAAAAGCUUCUGUAGCGUUGUUGGUAAAUCAUGUUAUAAAAUUCAAAAGAAGUGAGAGGUUCGAAGCCAUGUAUUUCAUGUAUUGAUUCUUAUUUUAUGAGUGUUAUAUUUUUAAUAUAUAGGCCCAUAAUUAUAAUAUGCUUCCAGCCCUAAAUUUCUGCUGACCGGCACUGGGCGCUAGUUAUGAAGGAGCCUCAUAAAAUCUUCGAUUUCUUAUUAUGUUUUCUUCUAAUUUUUUUUAUAUUUGCAGAUAUUCCUUAAUAGCAAUGAAGAGUCAUAUGAAUAUGACCCUGCGGUGGAUAUGACCCUGCGGUGAAUCUGACUCUGCGGUAAAUCUGAACCUGAACCUGCUAUAUAAGCCAAGAGUCCCAAAUUAAUGUCCUAGCUGUAACUCUGCAAAUGUGUAAAUAUGAAGUCAUUUCAGAAAUCAUAUCCCAAGUUGCAUACUAUUAGAUUUGAUAUAAAAGAAAAUAAAAACAGAAACAAGAUAUUGUCGCAGCGAGACGUGAGCAUCAUGCAUGUGUGCUCGGUAUUAUUAGUGAAUAAAUUUGAAACAUGAAAAGUUGGUUGGGGGCGCCAAAAUAACUGUUGAAUGAUUCUUUUUAGAUUCCUAUUCUAUAGUUAGUUUAUAGUAAAAUAGUAUGUAAUUCCACCCAAAAGGGAAGGACAAAUUGAAAUAGAUUAUAUAUUACGUAAUAAAUUUGUACUUUCACAGUCCACCGUGCACUUGAUCAGCUACAACGAAGUAGUGAUGAUGAUAUCCACUUAUUAACUUAUUAGAAGUAUAUAAAUGUCAAAUACUUUUGUCUAAUUCACUAAUUAUUGCCUCCUAGUUUUUCUGGACAUUUAUUGUUUCCCAGUUAAAUCAGAUAUAUUUUGUGGUUUUCUGAUAGUUUACUUUUUUGCUUUUAACAUACAGUGAUAUGUCGACAAUAACCACACUAUAAAUGACAGUAAAUACUUGAUUUUGAACCAUCAACAAGAAAAAGUUGAUAUGAACCACAUAAUUUUAUUUUUAUUUUUUGUAUUAUUUUUAUAAACAUUACGGUGUUGGUGUAUCAAUUUUUGACAAGAUAUUCCAUUUAAUUUUAAUUCAUUUAUAAUUAUUUUUUAUCCAAUUUCCUCAUCUGAUUUAUAAUAGUAUUUAUUAAUAUAUUUCUUUUCGAAGAAAAAAACACACAUUAUUUUAGAGGUUUAUAUACUUCAUUAAAAUCAAAAAACUAACUUUCAUGGAGUAAAUUAAGAGAAUGCAACCAAAAUAGAUUAUAUAGAUGACUUUAACGGAAUUAUUGUAUUAGUUAUAGGUUAUUAAAUAUUUUAAUAUACCAGAAUUUUAUUGAAAAUAUUGAUGAAAUUUUAACAAAACUCAAAGUAAUUAUUUGAUGAGUUAAAAAAUGAGGAGAUAGCGAUGAAAUUUAAUUAAUUACAUUUUCUACAAAUAUAUUUAUAUAUCUAAAUAUUUAAUUAUGAGUAUAUAUACUACAAAUAUAUAUAUAUAUAUAUAUACAUUUCUACAAAUAUAUAUAUAUAUACAUAUAAGUCAAACAUAAGAAAAACCAUUUAGAAACAUCAACAUAAAUAGAAUAGGAAAAUUUUACUAUUAGAAAUUUAAUAAAAAUUUGAUGUUUAUUGUAAAUAAAACGAAGAAACUGUAAGCAAAAUAAAACUAAAAGUACAAACACAAUAACACAGAUACCAUAUAUUAAAAAUAUUUAGAAAUCAUAAAUAGUGAAAAUAUGAAAAUUUAUGAGCAUUUUUUUCAAAAGGUUUCUAAGAUUAUUAAAAUGAUUAAACAUUUUUAAAAGUAUAAUUGAUGUAAACAUGUUUGAAACUAUAAAAUUUUAUUAUAUAUAUAUAUAUCAAAUAAUUAUACUUAUUGUUUAAAAAAAUAUUAAUUGUGAAUUUUUUUUGUGAAAUGAAAACAUCAGAAGAUUAAAAGGAAAAUCAAAUCAAAUUGUAAAAAUAUAUAUAACAUUGUAAUACUAACAUUAAUGAAAAAUACCUAAAUUUAUAAAUUCUACUGAGUAAUUAUAAACACACACACCUUUAUAUACUAUUCAUCAUAUGUUUUACGUUUUCCUUUUUAAUAAUAGUUUGUUACAUAAAACGACAUAAUAAAAGUAAGAAUUCAAAAUUGGAAAUUAUGAUUUUUCUUUGACUGGCAGUUUGUUACAUAAAACGACAUAAUAAAAAUUAAGGUUAAUUUAUAUAACCGUCAAUAAAAACAGUAACCGUAAUUUUAUUAAUUUACAGAUAAUGAUUUUACUAAACAUUUUAGGAGGGCAUUAAAUUUUAAUUAAUUUGAUAUUUGAAGUUCAAGUAAAAUAUGUGAAAACACAUAAUAUUUGACACAUGGGAGUAAUCAUCAUUACGGUUAAUUAAGAUUUAAUAAUUACAAACUCUUGACCAAGGCUCACACAUGAACAAUGCAUGAUUGCAAAACUGUGUAUUUAAGGCACUAAAGGAGUACACUUUAUAGUAUAUAAACUCAAGUGGGAACCAUCAGAUUCCUCGUACUUCUAAGAAUAAUGUUUUCCCCAGUUUCUGCAAACGCCGGAAACCCACCACCAAAAUGCAACAAACCGACUGUUUCGUCUCUUCCACUGCCAGAUGAUAUCUCAAUGAUUUGCUUAGCGUACGUUCCAAGAUGUGACCACCCUUCACUCUCUGAAGUCUGCAAGACUUUCAACCAAAUCAUCGCUUCCUCGGAGCUUAACCGCGUACGUUCACUCCAUAAAAGAACCGAGAACGUUCUUUACCUUGCCUUGAGAUUCAGUCGCGACCAAAAACCUAUUUGGUACACUCUCAACCAAAAACCCUCCAAAGAAGAGUCUAACUCUUUGAACCAUAAGUUGGUUCCGUAUCCUUCUUUCCCUUGUCUGCCUUGUUGGGGGUCUAAUGUUAUUGUCAUCGGUCGAGAGAUGUACGUUUUCGGUGGAUGCAUCGACGAUGAGUUAACCACUGAUGCUUUUGCUAUUGAUUGUAUAACUCGCACGUGCCGGUCUCUUCCUAGCAUGCGUGUGGCUCGUGGCUGCGCUGCUUUUGGUGUUGUGGAUGAGAAGAUUUAUGUACUCGGAGGGUGUAACAAGAAGAAGUCGUCGAAAGAUUGGCUUGAGGUUUUCGACCUCAAGAAUCAAACUUGGGAAAGCUUUCCAGGUGUGUGCAACAAAAAUUUGCACGAGAUAACGCUCAAUAGUUUUGUGAUGAACGAGAAAAUUUAUAUAAUGGAUCGUAUAAGAAGCUUUGUGUAUGAUCCGAAGAAAAAUAAAUGGGCGAGUGAAAGCUCGUUGAACAGUGGAUGGGUAGUUGGUUCGUGCGUUAUUGACAACAUGUUGUACACUUUCGGAAUUGAGAAAGGAAUUAGCGUGUACGAUCCGAAAGCUAGGACAUGGAGAAAACUGAAAGGUGUUGAUGAGGAUCUACCUGACAUGCGUGGUAUUCAAGGAGGGUCUAGAAUGGUGAACCAUGGAGGGAAACUAGUGAUUUUGUUUAAGCGUAAUGAAAGUGGGGAAACAAGGAUUUGGUGUACAGAGAUUGCGUUGGAGAGGCGUGGACAAGGAGAGCAUUGGGGGAAGGUUUUGUGGACUAAUAUUGUAGCUACUUUUGAAAACUCCCCCACCAUUGUUCAGUGUGUAGAUGUCAUCAUAUGAUUAAUCAUGUAUGCUUUCCUAGUUGAGUAUGCUCGACUUUGUGUUGUUUAUCUCAUACCCUUUCUCUAAUGAAUUAGACUCUUUUGA